GAGAUAUUAAACGUUGUUGGUCCCUCUUACAGCAAAAGGCGUCCCCUGUCCCUCGUCUUCUUUCCUUUCCCGCGCCUUUGGAUUCGUUUUGGUGCUGGGGUUUGGAUUUGGGGCUGCUGGGAGUGAGAUGGAGGAGAGGUACGAAACGUUGAAGGAGCUUGGGGUGGGUAAUUUUGGGGUGGCGAGGCUGGUGAGGGACAAGAAGACCAAGGAGCUCCUCGCCGCGAAGUACAUCGAGAGGGGGAUGACGAUUGAUGAGAAUGUGCAGCGGGAAAUCAUCAAUCACAUGUCUUUGAGGCAUCCUAACAUCAUUCGUUUUAAGGAGGUAGUGCUAACACCAACACACCUUGCUAUUGUCAUGGAAUAUGCUGCUGGGGGAGAGCUCUUUGAGAGGAUACUUACUGCUGGCCGAUUUAGUGAAGAUGAGGCAAGAUUUUUCUUUCAGCAGCUGAUAUCUGGAGUUAGUUACUGUCAUGCCAUGGAGAUCUGUCACCGUGAUCUGAAACUUGAGAAUACGCUCUUGGAUGGGAGUCCAACACCAUGUGUUAAAAUUUGUGACUUCGGUUACUCAAAGUCUGCCUUGUUGCAUUCAAUACCCAAAUCAACAGUAGGUACUCCAGCAUACAUAGCACCAGAGGUUCUAUCUCGGAAGGAAUAUGAUGGCAAGAUUGCAGAUGUUUGGUCCUGUGGUGUCACACUGUAUGUGAUGUUGGUUGGUUCUUACCCCUUUGAGGAUCCCGAGGAUCCUAGAAACUUCCGGAAGACAGUUAGUCAAAUAUUAAGUGUUCAAUACUCCAUUCCGGACUACGUGCGAGUGUCGCAGGGGUGCAGGCAGCUUCUUUCUCAAAUUUUUGUUGCUGAUCCAUCAAAGAGGAUCACGAUCCCAGAAAUAAAAAAGCAUGCUUGGUUUCAGAAGAAUUUACCUAAAGAGAUUAUGGAGGUUGAGCAAACAAAUUACAUAGUCGGAGAGCAAGAUUGGCCCAGUCAGAGUGUCGAGGAAAUAAUGGAAAUCAUAUUAGAAGCAAAGAAACCAGCAGAAGGUUCUAAGGCAGGUGAUCUGUAUGCUGAUGAUGCUGAAGCAAAUGCAGAUACUGAAGAGGUUGAUAGGAGUGGAGAUUUCUUGGCACCGUUUGACUAA